AUGUGUGACAAUCAGUAUGUGGAAGUUUUGAGUUUCAGAAUUGCGAAAACUCAGUUUUUAUAUAAGAGAUCAGUCUGGGAGACCUUCUUAUUUGCAGUUCUUUUAUCCACCUUUACAACUUUGCCCUGCUUAUGUUUGCUGGGUCCAAACUUUCAAAUGUGGCUGAGAGUGUUCAGUAAAAAUGGGGCUAUGUCUAUCUGGGAUAACAAUCUCCAGAUUACCACAAUAUGCAGUGUGGUGGGAGCCUGGCUUGGAGCAUUUCCUAUUCCACUGGAUUGGGACCGUCCAUGGCAGGUGUGGCCCAUUUCCUGUUCACUUGGAGCCACCUUUGGCUACGUGGCUGGUCUCCUUAUUGCAUCUUUGUGGAUAUAUUGGAAUAGGAAGCAGCUUACAUACAAAAGCAGAUAACUGGCGCAAGGAGGAAAGGCAUUUUGAUUGUGAAGAUUGCACAGGGCUAUGGUCAAAGCAAAAGGCUUUCCAAAUCUUUUCAGGGCAUUGUUGGGCUUUACUCUUCUUCUUCUUUUUUUUUUUACAGCAUGGUCAACAUGCACUGGCAAUGCGAUCAUACAUUUGUUGUAUGUCCUAAACUACAUUUCCCCUGAGAGAUUGUACAUUCCUUCCCAUAUGAAUAAAAUCUUCACAGUA